AUGUCAGGGGAGACUGCAGCAGCGCAGCAGCGCAUGCGUGACUACGAGGUCUUCGAGCAUAUCGGCUCCGGCGCUACAAGCGAUGUGUACCGUGUGGUGAACAAGACGAACAACCGAAGUUAUGUGCUAAAAAAGAUGUCCCUUGCGAACAUGAGCGACGAGGAGCAGCUGCGUGCCAAGCAGGAAAUUAUCGUAAUGGACAACGUCGACCACCCCAACGUUGUCAAGUUUCGGGAGAGCUUCAUUGACGAGGCCGACAAUUCAAUCGACAUCAUUAUGGAGUACUGCGAGUUCGGCACCCUCGAAGAUCUCAUUGACCGACAGCGCUACGAGGGUCGCCCCUUUCCAACUGACGUGUUACUGGAGUGGAUGGCGGAGCUGCUCUGCGGACUGGCCCACAUUCACUCCACUCGCAUUCUUCACCGUGACCUCAAGACGAGCAACAUUUUCGUCACCUCUAAGAACCACUUGAAGCUUGGCGAUUUUGGCGUCUGCACGAUCCUGUCGAACCCACACGCCAAGGCGGAGAGGCUAAUCGGCACCCCUCUCUACUUCGCCCCGGAGGUGUGCAACAGCGACCCCCACAACGAGAGGAGCGAUGUGUGGAGUCUCGGUGUCGUCUUUUACGAGAUGUGCACCCUGCGCCGCCCUUUCGAGGCAGGCAACCUCUUCACACUCAUCCAGCUCAUCCUCGAGUCUGACAUUAAGCCAUUCGGCAACGGCGUGGAUAGCUCGCUGGAGGGGCUUGUACGGCAGAUGCUGGACAGGGACCCGAGUCGACGCCCAACAGCGCAGGAGCUGAUCGAUGUGCAUCUCGAAGUCCCUGUGAGCCACCCAUCGCACCCGUCGCAGAAACCGUCUAGAGGCCGUCUUCUUCAGCAGUUCAGCGGCCCUGAGCUUCUGUACACGAAGAAGUGGCCGCCCCCGGAGGGCACCGCUAUCGCCGCCGAGAAGGGUGGCCAGACGCGCGCGACAGGCGAAUGGAUUCAUACCGGCAGUGCGCUGGACGUUUUUGUGCAGCUGCAGCGCACUUUGCAUUGCAUUUCCACCGGUGCAAAUGCCAAGGACGGCGCUACGUCCGCUGAAACUUUACAGUCUGCGGCCAACGCCGCACCCAAGGCGCCCUGUGAAGCUCAAAGACAGAAACCCCAGAAGUCAGCCAAGAAGACGAGCUCCAAAGGUGGUGAGGCUUCUUCCAUCUCUUCGAGAAGACGCACUCGAACGAAGGCAUCAGAGCAUACCGGCAAGCAGAACGAUGAUGUUGUCAUGAAUAGUUCUCCGCCUCGCUUUACAAUGCGGGAGCUACGUCUCGACGUGCAGCGACGUCGCUCAGCCAUGUUUGGUGAGGAGUGCUCGCUAAAUAUCGACGACGUACCUGUUGUGAUCGAGAUGCAAGAGAGCUUUUUAGCAGAAGCGUGGUGGGUGUCGCGUGGCGGUCGUGGGACCUUUGGGUCGCAUAGCGACUCUACAGUAGCGGAAGCCACAACACCGAAGGAGACCAGUUCGCUUCUCAAUGUCAUCGCUGCCGUCAUUGAUCGACCUGGCGAACAGUAG